UUUCACCUUAAUUUUGAAUAAAUAUAAUUGUAGUAUGGAUGAUUAUUUUCCCCCACCUCCACCAGAAUCAAUAUUAUAUAAUGAGAUUGAUACAACAAGAUGUAAAAAUUUUGAUAAUGAUAUAUCGCUACCACCUCCACCUCCCCCGAAAUUCGAUGAUUUUGAUGUUAAACAUUUUUCUAAUAAAAGAGAAAAAUUGAUAACCCCUUAUGCAGAAAAUACUAUAUAUCUCAAAAAUUAUUAUAACGAUAAUAAUUUACUUAAAAUUUUACCUGUAGACGGUAAAAUAAAUAAAUAUAGUAAAAAUGUUCAAACUACAAAUAAUCUUUAUGGAACAAAAGAAUCUGAAGACAAGGUAGAUCAACUUACAGAUAUGCUAAUACAAAACUUAAACAUGGAUCCUACUGAAAAUAUAGGAAUAUGUGCUAUCUGUAAUCUUCAAAUAUUGAACGAUGAUGAUGGAUGUACUGCUUUAGGAAAACUAUAUCAUAUUUUAUGUUUCAAAUGUGACUCUUGUGAGGUUAAUCUUCAAGGCCAGUCAUUUUACAUUGUUGAAGAUUUAAUAGUAUGUGAAGAAGAUUAUAUGAAAACUUUAGAAAAAUGCUCUACGUGCUCUAAGCCUAUUACAAAUCGAAUUCUAAGAGCGACCGGUAAACCUUAUCAUCCUGGUUGCUUUGUGUGUGUCGUUUGCGGAUUAUGUUUAGAUGGAAUACCAUUUACCCUCGAUGCUAGUAAUCAAGUCUAUUGUAUCACCGAUUUCCACGAAAAAUUUGCACCUAGAUGCGCAAUUUGCAACUAUUUAAUUGUGCCUAAUAAUGGAGAAAGCGAAACAAUCAGGAUAAUCGCCAUGGAUAAGAGCUUUCAUGUCGAAUGUUAUAAAUGCCAAGAUUGUAGCAUGCCUCUAACAUCGUCGGAAAAUGAAAUUUGUGGGAAAACAUCCUCGUGUUACCCGUUAGAUGACUGGAUUUUAUGCAAAUCCUGUAAUACUGCCAGAAUAAAUUUCAUUACCUCUCACCUAAAUGCUAACGACAGAAACGCUAACGAAACAGAAUGCCUGCAAAUCUCUAAGAAUAUCGAUAAAAUUAAUGACAAUUUGAACUGUUAUAAGCAAAAAAUUUACCCAAAUGGAAUCAGCGAUGUCUAGAUAUUUCCAUUGCCGAAUUUUGAAUUUAGUAUGCCAAGUUCUUUUUUAAAAAAAAUAAUGAAGGAAUAAGAAUUUAAUUUAUUUGGUGCUUUUAAAAAAAAUAUCAAUUAUUUAGAAUUUUAAUUUAUAAAUUUUAAAAAAUAUCCAAUUCCAACACUG